AUGAGCGUCCCACUUCCCCCACCCACGCACCGCAAGCGCGCGCUGCCGCAAGGCGAGCUCGAAGCCGCCUCCACGCUCAAGCUGGGCGCUGACCAACACACGCACACACUCUCACUUUCGGAAGCAAGACUCGUUAUCCACAAGGUGUUGGAGAACAAGCGGCGCGGGGGCAACAAAUACGAAGAGCCGGAGAACUUGACCAAGACGUUGGAUUAUUUGGAUGUCUUUGCCCGGUUCAAGGAUGAGGAGAACAUUAAAGCAGUCGAACGCCUUUUGAACUCUCAUACAGAGCUGGAGAUGUUCGAGCGGUCGCAGCUGGGUAGUCUGUGUUGCGACAAUGCCGAGGAGGCCAAGUCCCUCAUCCCAAGUCUUCAGAACAAGAUUUCUGAUGGAGACUUGCAAGAAUUGCUGGAUGAGCUGACCAAGCUGCGCAAUUUCACCGAGUAA